AUGAAUAGCGUUUGCAGUCGGCUUAGCAAGAAACUCAAAGAAAAGGAAAAAAGUCUGUUGCAAGCUGCAAAUCCUUCACCGGCUGGGCAGCCAUCGCAAGGCAGUACUCUAAACGAACAAACAUCUCAGCCCUCGCAAAAUCCAGUGUCAAGUUCUACGAAUGCAUCUUCUAAUGAUAGCAAGAGUAAUUCUCAGGUGCCAGAAAAGAGUGAUCAGAGCCAUGCUCGAGAUCAUCGAGAUCGAAGUCGGCGAAGAAGCCGAAGCCGAAGCCGAAGCCGAAGCCGAAGCCGAAGCCGAAGCCGACGAAGUCGUAGUCGUAGUCGUAGUCGUAGCUAUAGCCGAAGCCAUCGAAGCCAUCGAAGCCGGGGACGAGAUCGAGAUCGAGAUCGAGAUCGAGAUCGUAGCCAUGAUAGGAGAAGGAGAAAAGCAGAAGACAUUAAAAGUUCAAUUUACCAGUGUUCUAUGGGUCUUCUUACUGUAAGAUGUUUGUUCUAUAGAACUGUCGAGAACAAUAUAUUUUUACAAUAG